GAGACUUUUUUAAAAUGUGUGUUCUCGUGUGUGUGCGAACUGUCAAAAAUCACUGAAAAUGGCGAAAUUAAAACUAAUUGUUGACAAGUAAUUCGGAAAAUUUCAACUAAAAAUCUUCAUUCACUCGCAAGUGUUCUUCUACAAUUGUCAAAAAGUUUAUUCUUUUCCGGAAUUAUUAGAAAUUCGAUAUAAUGUCAUUCGUAGUGAAACCUAACCUCAAAUUCUGUCAUGAGGAAUUGAACUUAUUUUUCAACUUGAAAGACUUGAAACAAUUUCCACUAUUUUUCAGUCGUAAUUACGAAACGUAAUUACGAUUAUGAAAGUUUCUUUAUUGGAAAAAACUCAAAAUAUUUGUUUUUCGUAAAUCCUGAAUGUUUUUGUAAAAAUUACAUUGUUCCCCUUUUGUUUUGUUUCGUCAUAUUUUCUAUUAAAAAAAGAACUAUAAUUAUUCGGUGUUCGUGUAAUUUUAGAAAAGAAUUAAAAAAUGAGUGUCUUAAUGCGUUGUCCGGGUAUUUAUUGUGGUCGUGAAUUGUUUAUCGACGGGAAUUGGAGUGAUUGUGGUGCGUGUCCCCGUGGUUACAGGACGAAUUUAUCCUCGGCAUGUGUUCCCUGCGAAGAUACGCCAGUUUUUUACGAUUGGCUCUAUCUUGGAUUUAUUGCAAUAUUUGCCCUGGUGCUGCAUUGGUUUUGCAUCGAUAUGGUUGCCAUGAGGCGUAACAUACCAAAGGAAGUGAUAGCUCUUCAUUGUUCGGCGAUCGUUGAAAUAAUCACCGCAUCGAUUAUCACUCUGCAAUUAAUUGAUCCUCUCGGUUCAUUCAAUGUUCGUUCAUGUCGAACGCAAAAAUUAUCCGACUGGUAUACAUUGCUUCAUAAUCCAACGCCGAAUUAUGAAAAAACACUUCAUUGCACCCAGGAGGCUGUUUAUCCCUUGUACACAAUGGUGUUUAUAUUUUACGCGUUUGGAAUUUUAAUAAUGCUGCUGUUACGACCGUUGAUAGCGCGAAAAUUUCUGCCAAAACAGGGAAAAUUUUCUAUUUACGCGGCAUUAUAUUUCUUUCCGAUUCUCGCUCUAUUUCAUGCAAUUGGCGGGGGACUUAUAUAUCAUUCGUUUCCUUACAUAACAAUUGUCUUGUCUGCUCUCUCAAACGCAGCGCAUUUCGCCUUCAAACUUAAUCAGACAAUGAAAUCGUUAAUCUUCAGUUCGGUAUCGGAUGUGAAGAAUAUAAUCGUCAUUAUUGGCCAUUGGCUUUUACAUGGAUAUGGAGUAAUGUCAGCGGCAACAUUACACGGUAUUGCGCUUCAUCCAACAAUGCUAAUUUUAGUUCCACUGCCAGCGUUAUUUUACAUUCUCACUGCAAGGUUUACUGAUCCACAUAGACUUCAGGAGAAAUGAAAUCAACUUCCACCCUCAUUGCAACGAAAUAAAAAAGAGUUCAAUUUCUUGUAUUAUAAACUAUUGUACACUUGUAUAUAUAUACAAUCAACGUUACGUUUGUUAAUAAAAAAUUUCCUACUACUGUGUAAAACGAAA